CAAAGCGCUAUUGGUUCCGCCCGGGGACUCGCUCCAGCACUCACAGCAGACAACAGGACUACAAUACACUGAUUUUAUUUUAUAAUGUUUCGGGCAACGUCAUUUAUUAGCUAUAACGCUGUUAGACACCACAGGCAUUGAGUAGUCCUGGAAACACGGUUGGAAGUAGAUGCAUUCACCAAGGAGGCCUCAGUGUCUCUAAAUGGCAGCUGUGUAACCGGAGUGGGACGAGGAAAAGAGCUGUACUGGAAUAAGACAUACGGCUUUCCACCCCCUUAUCCUGCCCUUCCCUCCCUUUCCGCCCUGGCAGUCGUAAAUAAGUCCAAGCCGUGCAGACCCCUGAGGAAUCCUACUCCCCUCUGUGCCCUUUCCCACCGCUGCUACCCAUGCCGAAUCCCCUGCCCACUCAGACUCUUCUGCUUAUGCUGCUGAAGCAGGCCAAGGAGAUUCUCAGAUGAUCCAUCGGGCUAUUCUGAACCACAUUGUCCACGCAGCCGGGGACGGGGAAGAGUAACUACUGCGAGUGUGAGAGAGCCCUUGGAGGGGGUGCUGUGAGCACCUUGUGAGGCCCGCCCACCAAACCUGGCAAAAAGCUUGGUUUACCGCUUCUCUCUUUUAGCCCCUGAGAUGCCCUCCCCUCCUAAUGAUGGAGAGGAUCAAGGAGCGUCCCCCGUGAAUGUCCCAUCUGUGGGUUCCUACCGGAGCAGUGGGAAGAGGAAGGCGCACAGCAAAAAGAAGAAGGGCAGAAUAACCGCCAAUGUCUCUGGCACCAAAUACGAAAUAGUACGAAUAGUCACCAGCGAGAUGGACUUCAUCAAAGCACGGGAUGAUGAUGAGACUGCCAACCUCAUCUGGAAUGACUCAGCGGUGCAGCAUGAGAAAAUUGUUGAGCUCAGGAACUAUCAGAGAAUUAACCAUUUCCCUGGCAUGGGCGAAAUCUGCCGGAAAGACUGCCUCGCAAGAAACAUGUCCAAAAUGAUCAGGUGCCAGCCUCAGGAGUACAACUUCACACCCAGAACCUGGAUCUUCCCUGCUGAGUAUACACAGUUCCAGAACUAUGUCAAAGAGCUGCGCAAGAAACGCAAGCUGAAGACCUUUAUUCUCAAACCUGCCAAUGGAGCCAUGGGUCAUGGGAUCUCGCUUAUCCGUAGCUGUGAGAAGCUGCCAUCCCACGAGCACUUUAUUGUUCAGGAGUACCUGGACAAGCCCUUCCUGAUGGAGGGCUACAAAUUUGACCUGCGCAUCUACAUCCUGGUUACUUCCUGUGACCCGCUUCGCAUUUUCCUGUACAAUGACGGUCUGGUUCGCAUGGGCACCGAGAAGUACCACUCGCCCAACGAGGCCAACCUGACCCAGCUUUACAUGCAUCUGACAAACUACUCUGUGAACAAACACAAUGAGAACUUUGAGCGAUAUGAGGCAGUAGACAGAGGCAGCAAGAGGUCCAUCAGCUGGUUCAUCGAGUUCCUCAGCAUCAACAACUAUGACGUGUCAAAGUUCUGGGAAGACAUCUCAGAGUUGGUGGUAAAAACACUGAUAGUGGCUGAGCCCCAUGUGCUGCACGCCUAUCGUAUGUGUCGCGCCGGGCAACCACCAGGGAGCGACAGUGUCUGCUUUGAGGUCCUGGGCUUUGACAUCCUCCUGGACCGCAAACUCAAACCCUGGCUGUUGGAGAUCAAUCGAGCUCCGAGCUUUGGGACUGAUCAGAAGCUUGAUUACGAUGUGAAGAAAGGGGUGCUGCUCAAUGCUCUCGAACUCCUCAACAUCAGGGCCAGUGAUAAGAAAAGAAACCUGGCUCAGGAGAAGGCAGAAGCUCAGAGGCGGCUUUAUGGUCAUGGCUUCAUGAGGAAACUUUCAGCUGCUUCCACGGACUGGGAGAAACAACGUCACACGCUGGAACGGAGAAGAGAGGAACUGAAAGAACAACUUGCACAGGUUCGCAGGCAGGUUUCCAGGGAAGAACAUGAAAAUCAACAUCUGGGGAAUUACAGACGUAUUUACCCCCCAGACGACAAGCUGCUGUUGGAAAAGUAUGAAAGCCUGCUCUCGGCCGCCUUUCAGACCUUCCUCGCCGGGCGAGCUGCCUCACUUCAAAAGGAAAUGAAUAAUCCUCUGAAACGAAUGAAGGAAGAAGAUAUACUGGAUCUCCUGGAACGAUGUGAGCUGGAUGACGAGAAGCUGACGGGCAAAUCCUCCAGGCAACGAGGCCCAAAGCCCUUGACCGCCAUGCCGGAAUGCAGCCAGACGCCAAGAAGCCAACGACCAGACUACCUGGCUGACUUCUCCAGUGGCAGCAGCGAAGAUAAUUCAUGCUCCUCGUCCAAUGAAGAAGAGGAAGAGGAGACAAGAAAAACAGAAGAAGUGGGAAUUAAAGAAAAGAGAGGCGAGAAGAAGGUCUCCUAUGAUCUCAGUGAAAGCAAGGAGAAAAACGUGGCUGAGCGCUCAGGCCGCAUGUUCUGGAAACCUCCAAUCAAGUCCCCCAAAACAGGCACUACUCCCUCUGUGUCUCCAACCCUUUCUGGUCCAAUCAGACGUUCUAUCUCUUGCCCUCGGUGCAUUGCCUCCCUCCCGUCACCCAAUGAGAUGCGACCAUUUUCCACCAGGCCAUCUCCGAUGAUUCCGAUGGCAACGCCUAUCGCCAGGCCGAGCUCCGCUACUCUGAGCUCCGCUGCAAUUCGCUCUCAUUCGCUAAGCCGUAGUGGCUCCGCCCACCGUGUCCCUCACAGCAGCAGCCUGGGGACUAUCCACUCUAAUGUGGGUGAACCAUUGAUAAACUUGAAGUCUAAGGAGCAGGAGGUCGAAAUGGUGCGUCAGACCCUCUCAGCGCUCACUGCCAUGCGGAUCAGAUUUCCGGGGAAGACUGAAGAAGAGGCUGAGGCAGUGCUAGACGAGAUUCUCGACAACUGGAGAUACCAUAAAUCAAAGGUGGCGUCAUAUUGGUUGGUGAAGCUGGACUCGACCAAACAGCGGAAGGUGUUGGACAUUGUUCGUUCAAACGUUCGCUUGGUGCUGCAGCGGAUCUGGAGGGAGCCGGAUGUAGAGAGCCUGCACCUCUAUCGGCUUUUUAAACGCGUCUUCAAUCGACUGUUGUGGAGUCAUGGCCAGGGCCUUUGGAGCUGCUUCUCCAACACCGGCUCGUCGUGGGAGAUCAUCUUUAGCAAGAGCAGUGAUGUGGUGUCGCCCCAGGAGCUGCAGUGCUGUCGCCGACUCGUCCAGCUGUGCCGGGACUGUCUGUUAGUCGUUUACAAGUUUGUCUCAGAGUCACGUGGCACUUUGACAAGCUUCAGUCCUGAUUGGGAUGAUACAAGCUUUCCAUUCGCUGCUGGACCAACCUCCAUCCAUGGCUCCCCUCCUGCUGCUGUUGCUGCUGCUUCCUCUACCUCCUCUUCUUCCGUCUCUUCGCCCCUCAACUCAGGUACUGGAACGCUGUUAGCAGGAGCUGCCUCACUGCUCUGUCUCGGUGGAAGGUGUCAUAGAAAAGUCUUAGAAAGGUACUGACGUCUGUGCCUCGGAACGAUAGGUGAGGAUUUUCUGUUCCUGAUACUAGAAAUUUUAAGGGUCAGAUUACAGAAAAACUCAAAGUAAAUUGCCCCAAAGGGUCACAAUGCAUUACUCGCACAGUAAAUCAACAGUUUCUAACUCUGUUUUUGCUCUCUAUAUUUGGCAUUUAGGACAUUGUCCAUUUUAGUUACUUAGUUUAUUUGCAGAAGACUAUUUAUUUUGAGGGAUUUGAAUUUAUUUAACACCACGUCUUAAAAGUAUUUGCCACCUUUAAGAUUUAUUCAGUUAUUAAUUUUUGGCACAUUUAACUGUUUUAGUUCAUCAACCAAAUUUUAAUAUCAAGAGAAAGACAUCCUGUUAUUUUUGUAAAAGACAAAAUUUUCAAAUGUAAUUUAUUAAUGUCCCAUGGUCUAAAGAGACAACAGGGUUCAUUUAACCCUUAGAGCUUCUUACCCUGUGCUCAGGCAUAUUGCACUGACCCUGCGUGCUCUUUUUCCGAGGCUUAUUUGUGUUGUUUAUUUGUGUUGUAGUAUUUCCAGUGUUAGGGAAUUGGUGGUCUGACGGGACACUCCCUCACACGCCCAUGCUCUUGAUGACUGUGACAUCUGCUGCACUCCGCCUGAGCAUUGAGGCAAAGACCGCAGGAAGGUUGAGGGAAAUAAUGCUAUUAAAGCCAAACUAGCCCAAAACCAAAACAUCAUACCUCAAUCUAAAAAAAUUCUAAAACACGCAAAUACAAAGCCAUUGACAUGUCAGUCUGUUUACAAAUUCAUGUCUAAGGCUUUUGUUCCUAAAUGGAGCAGUGGAUGACCGUCGUAGGAGUACACAGCCUCUCAAAACUUCUCAGAAGGUGCAUUGACAGUUCACCCAGGAAGUCAUAAAAAAAAUCACAUUUUCCCUGACUAAUGAUGAUUCAACAAUGGGAAACAAAUUGAGGAGCGUUGCUAUGGUGCAAGGGUAAAGCAAUUGGCCCAUAUGUGAAGGCCUUGGUCUUUGACGCAGCCAUCAUGGGUUUGAGUCCCAGCCCGAUAUUCUUUGUCGCAUGUCUUUCCUCUCUUUCUCAACUUGCUUUCCUGUCUGACAACUGUCAAAUUAAGGCCACUAGAACCAAGAAAACCUUUAAAAAAACAAAAAGAUAAAACAAAGAUGGGCAAAAGAGCUUCAAGGUUAAAGACCCUGCUGGGGCUCUGCAGUGGGUCAGGUGGUAGAGCAUGCAACCCAUAUACAGAGGUCUUGGUAUUCAAUACAGCCGUCACAGGCUCGAGUUCCAGCCCAACGACCAUUGCGCCAUGUCUUCCCUUUCUCUUGCAACCUGCUUUCUUGACUGAUUGCUCUCAAAUAAAGGGCAAAGGAGAUGAUACAACACACACAAAGGCUAAAGCUCCUCCUAACCAAAACACAACAGCCUGUGUGAUCCUCAAAACAUUUAGUAACAUUCUCUAGACAGGAAAGACAAAAGUGGAACAUUUUAUAUAAACUGUUUGCUCUUUUACAUGUGAUGUCAAACUAGGGCUACAUUCACACAGCAGGCAAAUGCAAUCCAAAUCUGACUUGCUUGUCCAUUUGUGACCUAUAUUCUACUUUUUUCAUGGCAGUGUAAGCGAUCCAAGUCCGACCUUUUCACCCCCCCAAAGAAUCUGAUUGUGCCAUACUUAUCCUAAUGUUUUCAAAUCAUCUGCAGUCUGAAUGGUCCUGACUCAUUUUAUGUAAUUAAUAUGAGACGAGCAGCAUCUUUUGACACCAGUAGAAGCCAGACGCAAUACAUCUGUACAUAAAAAAUGGUUGAAAUGUUAACAUGCCACAUCACAGUCCCAUCACUCCUGGCUUUAAUUACAAAUCCAAACAGACUUUCACCACAGAAGUUGCACAGUGUGCUGCUGUGUGAUGUCAGCGUUCCUCUUCUGAGCAUACAGUUCACUUUAGGAUUGUAAACUGUGCACACAGAAGUGUGAUUGUGGUCAGGUUUAAUUAGUAGUAUGAACAACCACACAAAAAAAACUAUUUCAGCAAAAAAUCAAAAGCAAUGUACUGGUAGUGUGAUAGUCUGUGUCUCCUGUGUUUCUUCAGGACCUGAAUGACCUGCUGUAAUAGAACCACAUAUCUGCAUUCUACCAGAAAAGUAAACCCAAAAGGAGAAUGACUGGUUAUCAACUCUAGCAAUCUUGACCUAUACAGAAGGACAAUAAUCCAGUGCACAGCACCAUCUCCAAAUGAAAGCAAAAUUAAGGUUUUGGAGUGUCUUAGUCAAAGCUGAGACUUUAAUUCAAACAGUAUGCCAUGGCAGGAUCUUAAACAUGAACUGGUUAUUUAUGUUAAGAAAAUAUGCAUCUUUGCAAAUGCUUGAUUACAUUUGUUGCCUUCAUGGCAACCAGUUAUUAGGUUUAGGGAUCAAUUACUUAUUCACACAGGGAUAUCUUGAUUUGGAUAGUUUUUUCCCCCCUAAUAAACAAAAUCACUAUGUGAAAAUGCUUUUUUGUUAACUCAGGUUAUCUUUGUCUGAUCAACUUCUUUGAUGAUCUAAACACUUACAUGUGCCAAAAAAAAGUAACUUCAAAACAGAAAAAACAAAGGGAUCUGUAAGGUAUCGAACACAUUUUGUUGCACUGUACAUGAAAAACAAAUCAACA